AUGUCCGACCCGGAUUAUCUCUAUGGUACAUCUCCGCAACCAUUUCCUUGUUCAACAAAGAGUAUGCGAAGUUCAGAAAUUCCCAAAUCAGUUCAUGCUCUACGACCGGGUGAUAUUCAAUGUGUUGCAGCCAUGGGUGAUAGCUUAACAGCAGGCAUGGGUGCUCAUGCUAUUACUCCAGUCGGUGUUCUAUUAGAGAAUCGAGGUGUUUCUUGGUCUAUCGGCGGUGAUCAUAAUUAUGAUAAACACAUGACAUUACCUAAUAUUCUCCGUCUUUAUAAUCCACAAUUGAAAGGUUUUUCAACCAAAACUUCAAUAUCAUUUCUCAAUGGUCAAAAUGCAAAACACAAUGGACUUAAUGUUGCAAAAUCAGGUGCUCGUUCAUAUGAUAUGGUCGAUCAAGUUCAUCUUCUCUUAAAUCGUUUAAAGAAUGAAAAACUCUGCGAUUUGAAUAAUGAUUGGAAGUUAAUUACAUUAUUUAUUGGAGGAAAUGAUUUAUGCGAUUUUUGUAAAGAUUUAACGAAAUAUGAUCCAGUAAAUUAUAUCGGACGGGUUCGUGAAACACUCGAAUUAUUGUACAAUGCUAAUCUACCUCGUACAUUGAUUAAUCUUGUACCUGUACUCGAUGUUCGUCCUGUAAAAGAACUUAAAAAUGGCCAUAUUGUUUGUGAAAUACUUCGUCAAUUUUCAUGUACAUGUGCAGCAUAUCCUACGAAAGAAGACGCGAAAAUACUAGAUCGAUGGAUUCCUUUAUAUCAACAAGGUCUUGUUGAUCUAGUUAAUACAGGUCGUUAUGAUGGUCGUGAUGAUUUUACUGUUGUUGUUCAACCAUUCUUUAUGGAAACAAAACCACCUCAAAAAAAUGGUAAAAUUGAUCAUAGUUAUUUUUCUCCUGAUUGUUUCCAUUUUAGCGGUAAAGGUCAUUCAGUUGCAGCAUUAUCACUUUGGAAUAAUAUGUUCGAAUCAGUUGGUACGAAAAAAACCUCAUGGCAUCAUGGUGAACCAUUGGAAUGUCCUACAGAAGAUCAUCCUUAUAUUUAUACAUCGAAAAAUUCAAUGCAAAAAUAG